AAGUUGCUAACUUUAAAUUUUCACAUUUCACAGCUAUCAGAGGACGCAAAGGGCGUAUGUACAAACAAUGCAACUUCACAUUACUUUUUAGGUUAUGUAAAGGAUAUUCCUUGAGUAUAAAUUAGUUAGAAAUUCUCCAUUCUCAAUUAAAUAACAAAUAUUAAGCAAUCUUAACAUGACAUUGAUUGACUUAACAAGUGGAGAACCACUUAAAGAAUUUAAGAAGUUUUCUACUUUGAAUAGUAAAAUUCCAAAAACACAGAAAGAUACUGGAAUUAGAAUUAAAUGGUUGGUUGAUUCAUCUGAAUUAAUUACUGAUGAAAUUAAACAAGCUACUGAAAUAGUUCAAAAUAUUCAAGAUAGAGGUCAGUACUUUAAGAGAGACAAGAAUGUUAUUGGUGUUCUUGUUCAAUCUGGUGAUGAACCAUGUGCAUUUGCUGGUUGGUACGGACCUGAUCAUGUAGGUGCGUGGAAUGUUUACGGAGAUCAACCGAAGAAUACUCAACAAACUUAUUAUUUGGGAGAUGCAGAAACACUCUUUGUUGGCUUGUUUUAGGUGAAUUAGGUAUAGCUAAUAUUUGUCCGAAAUCCACUUCCGAGGGUACGAUGUAUUACUUACGACCGAGACCCAUUGAUUAGUGAUGCACAUAUAGUAGAACAGAAGUAUAGUAUAGCAGCAUAGCAAUAUAGUAGUACAGUCUAGGAGUAUAUAAGUAUAAAUAUAGAAGAAUUAGUAUACAUUUAUAGCAUUUACUUAUAGUAUAGAUUAUAGUGGUACCGAGUCAGUAUCUGACUCUCAGUAAUUGCUUAGUGAAAAACUCGCACUAAUUAUUCACUAUCACUAUAACUGCCACUAUC